UGACGGCAGGAGGAUGGACUUGAGUGGCGGCCCGCCCGAUGGGACUGGUGACAGAUGCCGUGGAGAAACAGCUGAUUCUCAAAAUUUCACAACUUCCCGUUCUCGUCGUGAGAAAAAAUGUAAAACAGGGAGACUGGAAGCACUGGAACGCUUGAGAAAGGCAAAGGCUGGUGAAAAGAUAAAAUAUGAGAUUGAAGAGUUCACAAGUGUUUAUGAAGAAGUUGAUGAAGAACAAUACUCCAAGAUGGUCAAGGAACGUCAGGAUGAUGACUGGAUUGUGGAUGAUGAUGGUAUUGGUUAUGUAGAAGAUGGCAGGGAGAUUUUUGAUGAAGAUUUAGAAGAUGAUGCUCUUGAUUCCAACAAGAAAAGAAGAGGAGAGAGAACUUCCACAAAUGAUAAAAAGAAUGUGAAAAAGGCCAUGGUAUCAAAACCAAACACGAUUAAAUCUAUGUUUAUGGCUAGUACUGGGAAGAAGAACACUGAUAAAGCUGUCGAUCUGUCCAAGGAUGAUUUGCUAGGAGAUAUCUUACAGGAUCUGAAUGCAGAGNNNGUUCAUAUAGCACCACCACCAGUUAUAAUGCCAAAAAAGAAAAGACUUUCUGGAACAUCACUAAAUCCUUUUUCUGUACAAUCUGAAGUCUCCAAGAGAACUUCUGUAGCAAAAACUGUUACUCCUGUCAAAAAGGAAGUUUCUUCAUUGAAUUCAUUUCAAUCCAAUCAUUCAAGCUAUACAUCAAGGCCACAGACAGUCAAAGAAGCAGUUGGUGAUCCUGAAAAUGGAAUUCAAAUUGUGGAAAAUGGAGAACUGGUAAAAGUUAAACAAGAGGAAGUUACUAAAGAAAAUGAACAAGCUAUUAUGGAUUUUGAUGAUGAAGACUUCAGUGAAUCUAUGGAGGAUGUAGGAACUGUAGCAGAAAAAGUUACAUCCCUGAAGGAUGAGCUAAAGUUGGAAGAUGAAAAAAUAAGGCAAGUGACUCUAUGCAAGCAGGCUUGUAUUUUAAGCUCUUGCCUCUCUGGUACUUCCUGUUGGGACAAAAUCACUGAAAAUGAUGAUGGGCAAUUAGUUUCAGAAAUUCAAGUAGAUUCUAGUGAACUUCCACUAGUAACUGGAGAAGAUGGGCAGCAGGUCUUCAGGUUCUAUUGGCUUGAUGCUUAUGAAGAUCAGUAUAAUCAGCCAGGGGUUAUAUUUCUCUUCGGUAAAGUGUGGAUUGAAUCUGCAAAGACCUACGUUAGCUGCUGUGUGGCAGCAAAAAAUAUUGAGAGAACUAUUUAUCUCCUGCCACGUGAGUCGCGGAUCGAUUUAUCUUCUGGUAAAGAGACAAAAAGUUCUGUGACCAUGAUGGAUGUCUAUCAAGAAUUUAAUGACAAGAUUGCAGAAAAAUACAAGAUCAUGAAGUUCAAGUCCAGGAAAGUGGAAAAGAAUUAUGCUUUUGAAAUACCAGAUGUUCCUGCAAAAUCUGAUUACCUAGAAGUUAGAUACUCGGCUGACUUCUCUCGGCUUCCUCAAGAUCUGAAAGGAGAAACGUUUUCUCAUGUGUUUGGAACUAACACUUCUAGUCUAGAACUGUUUUUGAUGAGCAGGAAGAUCAAAGGACCAAGUUGGCUAGAAAUAAAAAAUCCACAGCUCUUGAAUCAGACUGUCAGUUGGUGUAAGGUGGAAGUAGCAGUGCUGAAGCCUGAUUUGGUGGAUGUGGUGAAAGAUCUUUCACCCCCUCCUCUUGUGAUUAUGUCUCUUAGCAUGAAGACAGUUCAGAACACAAAGACUCAUCAGAAUGAGAUUAUGGCUAUUGCUGCUUUAGUACAUCACAAAUUUUGUCUGGACAAAGCACCACCUGAACCUCCAUUUCAGACCCAUUUCUGUGUUAUUUCCAAACCAAAUGAUUGCAUUUUCCCAUAUGACUUCAAAGAAGCUGCUAAGACCAAGAAUGCUAAACUAGAGAUUGCUGGAACAGAGAGGAUGCUUCUGGGAUUUUUUCUGGCAAAGAUUCAUAAAAUUGAUCCUGAUGUUAUUGUGGGACAUAAUAUUUAUGGAUUUGAUAUGGAAGUCCUUCUCCAGAGAAUUAACAUGUGUAAAGUUCCACAUUGGUCCAAGAUAGGUCGACUGAGGAGAUCGGUCAUGCCAAAGCUUGGGGGUCGUAGUGGAUUCGCUGAAAGAAAUGCUGCUUGUGGUCGAAUGAUUUGUGAUGUAGAAAUUUCGGCAAAGGAGUUGAUUCGUUGCAAGAGCUAUCAUUUGUCUGAACUGGUCAGUCAGGUAGUGACAAUUCCAUCUGACGAAAUAAGAAAUAUGUACAGUGAUUCUCAUCGCCUGUUUUACAUGCUGGAGAACACCUGGACCGAUGCCAAGUACAUUUUACAAAUAAUGUGUGAGCUUAAUGUUCUUCCACUAGCCCUACAGAUCACAAAUAUUGCUGGGAAUGUUAUGUCAAGGACACUGAUGGGUGGGCGAGCGGAGCGUAAUGAGUUCUUACUCCUUCAUGCGUUCUAUGAAAAAGAUUUCAUUGUGCCUGAUAAGCAGAAUUUUAAAAAGCCUCAACAGAAACAG